AUGGCGGACCGAGACAGCGGCAGCGAGCAGGGUGGUGCGGCGCUGGGCUCGGGCGGCUCCCUGGGGCACCCGGGCUCGGGCUCGGGCUCCGGCGGGGGCGGUGGUGGCGGCGGGGGCGGCGGCGGCGGCGGCGGAGGCGGCGGCGCAGGCGGCGGCGGCGGCGGGGCCCCGGGCGGGCUGCAGCACGAGACGCAGGAGCUGGCCUCCAAGCGCGUGGACAUCCAGAACAAGCGCUUCUACCUGGACGUGAAGCAGAACGCCAAGGGCCGCUUCCUCAAGAUCGCCGAGGUGGGCGCGGGCGGCAACAAGAGCCGCCUCACGCUGUCCAUGUCGGUGGCCGUGGAGUUCCGCGACUACCUGGGCGACUUCAUCGAGCACUACGCGCAGCUGGGCCCCAGCCAGCCGCCCGACCUGGCCCAGGCGCAGGACGAGCCGCGCCGGGCGCUCAAGAGCGAGUUCCUGGUGCGCGAGAACCGCAAGUACUACAUGGAUCUCAAGGAGAACCAGCGCGGCCGCUUCCUGCGCAUACGCCAGACGGUCAACCGGGGCCCUGGCCUGGGCUCCACGCAGGGCCAGACCAUCGCGCUGCCCGCCCAGGGCCUCAUCGAGUUCCGCGACGCGCUGGCCAAGCUCAUCGACGACUACGGCGUGGAGGAGGAGCCCGCCGAGCUGCCCGAGGGCACCUCCUUGACUGUGGACAACAAGCGCUUCUUCUUCGACGUGGGCUCCAACAAGUACGGCGUCUUCAUGCGCGUGAGCGAGGUCAAGCCCACCUACCGCAACUCCAUCACCGUGCCCUACAAGGUGUGGGCCAAGUUCGGACACACCUUCUGCAAGUACUCGGAAGAGAUGAAGAAGAUCCAGGAGAAGCAGAGGGAGAAGCGGGCCGCCUGCGAGCAGCUCCACCAGCAGCAGCAGCAGCAGCAGGAGGAGACCGCCGCCGCCACCCUGCUGCUGCAGGGCGAGGAAGAAGGGGAAGAAGAUUGAUCAGACUGAAUCGAAAGGCCCCCCACACGCACGCACGCGCGCGCACGCACACACACACACACACACACACACACACACAGAGCCACACACAGAGAGAAUAUACUGUAAAGAGAGAAAACAAAAAAGUAAAAAAGUUAAAAAAAAAAACAAACUCAACUCCAAGGGAGCACCACCCACAGAACCUCCACCCACUGACAGUUUCUCUUCUUGACUUGCCACCCAUCGCUGGAUGUUGUCCACUUUAUCCACCCUAUAAAACAGUAAGCAGCUGCUAAAAACAAAAACCGAAAAAAUACAAAAAGUAAUAACAUUAUAUGAACUGUGUUUCCUACUUGAUUAAAAAAUAUAAAGAACUGAGUGUUUAUUUCCCUAAUUAACCAAGAACUUUUGUACACGUUUAAGCUAUUAUUAUUAAAAGUGUUUGCAAAAUGGUCAAGAUUAUAAUAUUGCUGAAUUAUAUAAAAGUCCUUUUCAUGUUGAGCUAACAUUUGACUUUAGCACAAAAAAAAAGAGAUAUUUUAGAACACGUAAAAUAAUAUUUUUAGUUUUUCUCAUUUUGUUACCAAAUUUCAGACCUUACAUGGAGGUUAUUCUAGUAUAUUUGACACCCUAUAUACCUGUGAUUAGAGAUGUGUAUAUAUAUUUGAGGGCUAGGCAUGCUGUGUGUCUGAGCUUUGUCUAAAUGUUAUGCAGAAGUUUGUAGAGUUAAAGGUACGUAGGUUAAAUUCAUGCAAGGUAAACAAUAAGUGCUCUCUUUUAUACAAUAUGCAUUGCAUCUGGACCUUAAACAUAUAAACAUGGUCAGUGAAACUUCUGUGAACAUGAAGAAAUUAUUAAAAAAGGCAUUUAAAUGAAAUUUGCUAAGUUGUGAUUUUUACGGUUGGAACCAAAGUUAUUCAAAUAGGAAAAGGAAAAAGAGAAAGAAAAAGGAAUCUCCCAUGAUAUUUUUCUGCAUCUGUUUGCUUUGAGUAGGCGUUUUUGUCAUUAUUGUGUAUAUGAGAUGUACUUGUAUCGUUCAUAAUAUAUAUUUUUUAUUCUGUGUAGAGAGAUUUUAAAAACUUAACUAAUGUGCAGCAAUUUCCAGUGAACCUGUAUUUGGACAUCAGGUAGUGAGUGAGUCUUUGUGGUCACUAGCACUGUCUCCUAAACUUGUAAGAGGUCUGAAGCUAUCUUUUGAUUUUUUUUUUUUUUUGCCAGUGCUAUUAACUUAAUGUAGUAGACUUGUUUAAAAAAAAAAAACAAACAGAGCAACACAAUUAGAGUUAUCCUACUGAGCCAUGGAUUCUGAGUUUCAUUUAAAAAGUGAAAGCCGAGUUGGUCUAUGUAAAGGAUUUCCAUGUAGCUGUGGUGCUAGUUAUUACUGGCUACAUUAUAUGCUAAGUGUAUUUGUGUUCCUCAAAUGUACAAGCGUUCUAUCAAAAGUAUGUUCUAUAACUCAUAUUCAAGGUUGUAGGGUAUAAAAAUGCAAAGCUUAGGAGAGCACUUUACCAAGCUGGUGUCCUCUAAACUGAAAUUGUUUGUAAUGAUAGUAUUUUACAGGUUUUCAUUUAAAGAUAUUCGUGUGCUUUUAAUUGACAACUAACUUCUUGCUGCUGUAUAGUAAAAUAUUAAUAUAUUUUUAUCAUUAAACUGCUGCAUGACUAUCAUCUUUGAGUGAAGAGAAAAUGUUAUAAAAAAAAAAGAUGCCUUAAACAGUACAUUUUGGUUUGGAAUUCUGUAGAAAGUGUUUUGGUUUUAAAAAAGGGGAUCUUGUCUAAUACUGAGAGUUCUGGGAUAGGGUUGUUCUUUUUGGCAAUUUUAGCCAUAUAGAUCUAACUGCUGUAUGUAGAAGACACCACCUGUAGGAGCUGAAAGGUAUAGGCGCUUCUCACAUUGUAAAGCAUUGGCCUAGGCAGGUGAAACAGCUGUCUUUUUGAAGGUUUUUUUUUUUGUUGUUGUUGUUGCUUUUUUUUUUUUCCUGCUGGUUCUUUGGGUUUUGGUUUGAUAUUUUAAGCUCCCUGGUUGAGUAUGUUGUCUUUGUUUUUGAGAUCUACUGUAUGUGUUGAAUAACAAGCUAUUUCCAUUGUACUGUGCAUUUCCCCAUUAAAUUGUUUGCUUUUAAAUAUUCAUGCAAUGUUAAAUAUGAGGUGACCGUACAAUAGUUAGGAGUUUCUUUAUUUACAAAAUCACUGGAAAUUAUUAAAUUGCUUUCCCUUUCCCCCAAGGUGCAUUUUUAUUUCCAUAUAGUAAAGUUGAGCUCUUACAGUGCAUAAUGUGACAUUUGGAAUGCUUCUCAACUGCAUGUAAACAUUAAUAACCUGCACUUCCUUGUCUUAAGGUUUGUUGAGCUGUUUUGUUCACUGUACUUUAACUGUGAUAUGGAAAAGACUGCAUUGUGUUGUUACUAGUUAGGAAAGAGAAUUGCUUUGAUUUUGUCUCUUGUUUACUAUAGCUUCUUAAAGUUAAGCCUUGUACUACAGGUUGUUGGAGUACUCCUAGAUCAGUGUUUAAUAGUAGCCAGCAAUAAGUAGUGCAAGUCGUCAAAAACACAGCAAACUUAGGCAAAGUGUCCUUUCUCUGAGAUGCGAAUUCUUUCACGAGGUUUUCUUUAGGGUCAGUUACCUAAAGUGAAGCCUUUCUUACCUAUAGACCAGAUUCUGCUUUGGAAUCCUACCGGAUUAAGAAGCACAUGUAUUGUGCAAUUGUCUUUACACUAUUACAGUUAAACACAAUCUUACUAAGAUUUUUAAACCAGUGUCUGAUUUAUGGUCAGUGGGUUUAAAAAGAAAUCCACAUGCAGAUCUUUUAAGACUUUAAGAGGUGAUCAUAGAAAAGACUAAAUGACUGUAAAGAUGCUCUUUUCUGCAUCUCACUUUACCUCCCAAACACCCAACCUUCCCUUCAGCCCACUUCCUGUUUCAUCCUUCCCCACCCUUCCCUCACCAUCCCAUCCCCCAGGUGCUCGGUACUUUACUAAGGUUCUAUAUUUCAGUGUUUUAUGUUAAGAGUUUUUCCUUGUUUUUAAUUUCUUAGUUGGUAUGCCCUGUUUGUGCUAAAACAAAAAAGGAAAUAAUGGUAUAUUUGACCAUAUGUGUUAUUCAUAGAAGACAGUAUGAUCAAAUGUGCCAAAAACAAGCAAACAAAACUUAAUUCCUGACAAGUAUGCCUUAUUUUUAAUGAUCUGCUUUGUCUUACAAUUAAGGUCCAAGAGCUUGGUUAAACUAUAUUAUUUGCCUAAGUAGAAAACUUGAAAUGCAUUGCAAUAUUGACCUUAAAAUGAGAGACACUGUCAAGUAAUUUAAUCCAGAGAUCAGCCACCAGAUUGGGAAUGCUUAUAUGUGUGUGUUUGUUUGGUUUUACUUUUUCCUUUUAAAUCACCAAAUCUUUUUUUAAACUACUUUUUAUUUGUGCCUCCUAUAUAUCAUGCUGAUGUUAGAAGCAGCAGUCAUCCAGCCACAGAGGGAGCUAAAGUUAACUAACCAGAACUGUAGAAAUCAUUAUACAUGCCUUUGACAACAAAGGAAGUUCCUAAGAAAAGCCUUGUCGGCUUUUCCUCCACUAGAUACAGAUUGGAGGUAGAUGAAUAUUUGCCAAAAAAAAAAAAAAAAUGCGAAAGACAAACUUUUCCUGCUUCUCAAAAGCCAUGGAGAAUGAGUAGAAACCAAAACCAACAAGGAUCAAAAUUUUUUUGAAAGUCUUAUUUUCUAGCUGUCCAUGCAGGGGUUGAGAUUUAACUCAAAGUAGGAUGUAUAUGAAUGUGUUUUUAAGAUCUUCACAUCUAGAGAUGGAUAACUUUUCCAGUUUGACUUUUCAGGUAAUGAAGAAAGCUGCUAGUAAUUUUAACCCCUCUCUAAAGAAGACAGAUUUGGGAGCAAAUACUUAAUGCCUUGAAAAAUAGCACUGUAAUAGACUUAUGAUAAUUAGAUGUAGGAUAACCUUUCUUCCUUUUAAACUAUGCAAAUUAUUAAAUAAGUGUAAAUUUGGAGUCAAUUAAAGAUAGUUGAUUAUAUUGCAAUCAGAUGGCAUUCAUGAACUUAACUGGAGCAUAUACAAAUAAAAUCUUUUAGUCUAAGAGUUUUGUAUGCUGACGGGAAAAUAUAAUUUAGCUACCUAUUCUAAAAAUGGUGAAUAUUAUUAAUAUUGUAAAAUAGAACUGGGAAGACUGCCUCCUUUUUGAAGAGAGAGAUUAAGGAUUUUUAUAAUUGUUUUUCAUCAAAUUUUAAUAUUUUUGUCAAAAUUAGGUAUUUAAUUUGUAAAACAGUUUGCUUUGUAACUGGCAUACAGAAAAAUAGGGUAUUGAUUUAACUUUUUAAAGCCAAGUGAUCAAGUACAUUUGUAAUAAAAGUCAAUGGAUCUA